AUGGCCAAUCUUCCAUACUUGUUAACCUUAAUCUUCAUCAUCACCAUAGUCAAGAACUCGUCCUCGGCUCGAAAUCUCGAAAACCCAUCGUCGAAUCAUCAUCACCGUCACCAUAAACGCCACAAGAUCUCGUUUUCCAUGCCGGAUUUGCUCAACAUUUCUCGACCUCCAUCUCCGCAACUCACAAGCCAACUCCCAUUCUCAAAGCCGGUAGGCCUUUUCCCACCUAAUAAAGGCAUCCCGAUCCCCGGACCAGACCCGAAAAUUCCGUCGACUCGAACGCUCGAUGUUCCGAACCUCGGGUUGUAUUUCCCUGCCAGGGCUACUCUUCAGGAGCUGGAAUUUGGCGCGGUGGUGACCAUUGACGAGACGUUAUUCGAGGGUGCUUCGGUUGAUGGUUCACCACUAGGAAAAGCACAAGGGGUGUACGUUGCAAGUUCCGAAGGUGAUGCUGGUUCUAUGAUGGCGAUGGCUACGGUUUUCGCGGACGGCGGGUUUAAAGACGGGUUACGGUUUUUCGGGUUACACCGGAGAGAUGCGGCGGAGUCUCACAUCGCUGUCAUUGGUGGCACCGGGAAAUAUGCCGGUGCAAAUGGUUAUGCAACAGUUAAAGUUGUGAAACAAGGUGUUAACAAGCUUCUUCUGUUCAAUGUUUAUCUCAGUUAA